AUGGAGUGCCGGCUAGUGGAGCGCUUCGUGGGCAUGCUGCUUUGGUUUGCUGGCGGUUGUCGGUGGCUCAAGCCACAGCUCCCCUUUACCAGAUGUUGCAAAAGCCGUGGGCAGUACCUCAAUUUGAACAUGCAACCGUUUCGGGACAUUGUGCUUCAUUGGAUGCGAAGCUGGAUUAGCUUGGUGUUCUUCGACUAUGAAAACCCGAGCGCAACCACCUGCAAAGAAUCGGCGUGGGCAGCGCAGUUGUUUUACAAUGCGUUCAUUGUCACAUUGGAUGUCAGCGAAAUUGAGUGGACCACUUGUGCUGCAGAUGCUUUUGCCACAGAGCAUGAGGCUGAGCGAGUCCUGCACCUGAGUCCUUUGCUAGUUCUUGCACUCUUCCUUCGGCGGUGGCUACUGCGCUAUGCUGAGGUGGCAUGGCUAUGCAUGGUGAUUUUCAGCAAGAUACUCUCUGCACGCUGCAGAGCGUCUGGGCGGCCAAGCCAAGCAGGUGAGGCCAUUUGGGCACUCUGCCACAAGGUUUGCGCCCGCUUUGUUUUCGACACAGUUGUGUCCCUUGGAGGCUUCUGGGUGAAACUUGCCCAGACAGCCUCAGUGGUUUCUGCAUUGCCUGAUGCGUACGUGGAUGAGUUAUCAAAGCUUCAGGAUGCUAUGCCUGCGGAUUCCCUUGAGGAGGUGGAGAAGCUUCUCACGAAGGAGCUUGGGCGUUCGUGGCGUGAUCACAUUGAGCUCGAUCCUGGGCCUGUUCUUGGCAGUGCCACCAUUGCACAGGUGCACAAGGCCACCUUCCGCUUGCGCAAGGCGGAGGGCAUCCAGGAGAUCCGCGGAGUCUUGAAGGUGCAACACGCACACGUGGAAGAGAAGCUGCUGGUGGACAUAAGAGCCAGUGUCCUUGUGGGCAGGCUUCUCUCCAGCUUGAUGCCGCACAUGUUCUCAGAUCUUGGUGCCACAAUCCAAGACACCGCCGCAAUGUCCAAAGCGGAGCUGGAUUUCCGUGUGGAGGCCAAGAACCAAUGUAUGGCUCGAGCAAAGAUUGACGAAGCUGGUUUGGACAUAAUCAUUCCUGCUGUCAUUCCGGAGUAUGUGACAAAACGGGUGUUGGCCAUGGAGUAUGUGAAAGGUGUGAAGAUCACAGACUAUGCAGCUUCUGAGAGCUCCAGCCAGCAGCGCAAGGAGGUCAUGGCAAAGCUCAUCGACUUCUACGGCUUCACACUUCAUGGGCCGAUCUUCAACUGCGACCCACAUCCAGGAAAUAUUCUUGUUGAGAAAGAGACAGGCCGGCUUUGUGUUCUGGACUGGGGUCAAGUCCGUCAGCUCUCACAGCCUGAGCGCUUUGCAUAUGCCAAGAUUUUCAUGGCCGCUUUGAUGGAGGAUGUCCACCUUUUUGUUGAAGGCUGCCGCGCCUUGAACUUUUCGUUUGGUGACCUGGACGGAAGACCCGAUGCUACACCCAUUGCCAUGAUUGGAGCGUUGCGCUUCCUGCUGCGUGACUCGCGGCCGAUUGCCCAAUCCCGCGCGGACUUUGAGCAGCUGGAGCAGGUCUUUGGGAAGCUGGAUGGUGAGACCAAAGCCAUUCAAAGAGGUGGUGAACAAAUUGUAAAGGGUCCGCUGAUGCCUUUGACAAAGACUGUCUCGUUGCUCUUCGAGGUCUCCAGCCGCUUAGAGGUCUCUUUGCCCCUCAUGCAUCUCUUUGUGUGCCACGGCUAUCCCAUGUUGCUGAAAGAGCUGGGCCAUAGCAAUGUGAAGGUGCAGCCAAGUAUGACCAGUUUCACGCUGAAGCUUCCCAUCGCGCCUCAAAUCUUGGGCUCUGGCGAUCCUGCCUUUGUCUCCAAGUUGUCAGGGUUGCUGAGGGCUCUACACGCGGAUGGGCAUUUGCUGGGUGCGCAACUUUGCGUGCUGGAUCUGGCAACAGGUGAUGUCUUGGCAGAUUUAGCUUUGGGACACUGCUCUUGGCUAAAUCCACUGCCAGUCACAUGCAAUACCGUAUUCAAUAUUUUGGAGAUCUCCAAGAUGUUCUUGACCUUUAGCGUGUUGGGGCUGGUGGAUGAGGGCCGUGUCUCCUUAAGAGCUGUGCUGCAAGAGAGCUCGAUGGGCAAGGUGUUGCUGGAACACGCACUGAGCCACACGUCUGGCCACUUAAAGCUGGCUCCAGGCAGCUCAGACUUGUCCUUCAGGGAGUUCUGUGACAGUGAGGUUCUGGCGGAAAAGAUGUUGGCUGAAGAGCCUUUGCUGGGACCAGGCCUGGGCAAGAGCUGUUUCACGGACCUCGCAAAAGCACGGUACAUUCUUCUAGCUUUUUUGAGAAGUGGUAGCUCUUUGCAUAGUUUUGCUCUCAUCAAGCAGGACCUGGGCAAGCGGAUGGAAGAGUUUGAGCACUUUGUCGACGCUACAAAUCGUGGACGCAGCAAGAAUGCCACGAAGGGGCAGAAGGCGGAGCAUGGCAUGUGGAUGAGCUUCUUUGGUCGAGAGCAUUGGUUCAAUCCUGCUGCCUUGAAUCGGGAUCUUCCGCGCACCAGCGUGCUUCCUGGGCGGCAAGGCUUUGCAACUGCCAAGGACACGGCAAAGGCACUGCGAGCCGCGGCGGCAGGGCAGGCCCUCUCACAACGGAUGUGGCGGGAAGCCUCGCGAUCUCGCAAGCCCGAGAAAGGUCCUGACUCAGAGCCGUGCCGUUUGCCUCACCAUUUGGAGCGCUUUCAGGAUGCUGAGCCCGGGUUCCCCAGUUGUCUGAUCGGCUCCACACCUCACAUGAAGCAAGGCCCUAGAGGUGCCACAAACAGUGCAAAACACGAAAAGUCAUUUCCGGGGAGGCAGUAA